CACCGGCAGUUCACCUUUUUCUUUCCAUAAUUAUCUCACUAAAAUUUCUGUUUUUAUUGAAAGUCCCCCAAUAAAUAUCGUUUAAUUAAAUCACAACAUACCUUUCUAACAAAAUAUCAUACACACGUAAAAAUGGACCAGCCACGCGGUCGGGGUGCCAUCUCAAAAUCUAGCACCGAUGGUGGUGGUAUUCGUCAGGCGUCUAAAAAUGCUGAUAAGGACGUUGCUGAAAUCGCCAAAGUGUUGAGCACCCUAGAUGUGAAAGGUGAGUCUGCAGUGCCUUUGAUGGUAAACGCUGCUGUGCAGACGUUGGAGAGUGAUUUCCAUGAGAAAAGUUCUGAUGGAGUGAAGAGGAGGAGGCCUCGCAACCGACGCCGCAAGAAACGCGCAUUCCAAGAAAAUCAGGCAGCUUCUUCUGACCAACGUGCUCCUGAUGAAGGCACUGCUAGUGUCUCAAGUGUCCAGCCCAGAAAGUCUCCACUUCCGAAGAGAAGAUUCCCUGCAACUUCUGCCCAACCCAAUGUAACAGGACCAAAAGCAAAAUCUGCGCCCAUCAAGCAGCACAACUCUGCAGGAAAGAAGACCCCAAUAAGGCAGCCCUAUCAAAGACACUAUGCUCAUUAUGGUGUUGACCCUUCAAUGGAGCAUCAAGAUGAUUUCCUCAUGAACCCGAACUUGGAGGAUCUUCGAGACGAUGAUCACGAUGACUUCCUCAUGGACCCUUACUUGGAGGGUUUUUGAGAGUACGAUGAUUUCCUCAUGGACCCCAAUUUGGAGGGUUCAGAAUCCAGAAAGCAUUCUACGAGAUGACGAUUAUUAUUUUUGAUAAUAUUGCUUAAUGUUUGAAGUCUAUAAAGAAAAUUGAAUUUUCUGAAUUGAAAAUAAAUAAAAGCUAACAAAUUAUGAUUUUAUGUAAAAAAAAGGCCACAAAUUUUGUGAGCCUUAUCAAGAUAUUGAAAGUACGUUGGUCACAAUAUAUUUAUUAAUGCUUUCCAAUAAGAUCACAAACUUUCUUUGAAAAGUGAAUUUAAUUUUUUCAAAUUCAACAUUAAAUAUUAAAUUAAGCAAUUCAUCAAUACUGAAUGUUCUCAAAUUUAACAAAACUAAAGUAAUCCAUUACUUAAGUGAAAUUCUAACUUUUAAUAAAAACAAAUUGGAUACAAAUAAUGACUGAUUGACAAUAAAUCUUUUAAAAACUACAAUAGCAUGAUAGAUAUUCCAUGCUAACCAGCUUUUCUAUAUAUUUUAAAAGAUUUUUAAGAAAUAAAUAUAUCAUGACAACAGAUGCAGGUGCCUAUUGCUCAAAAGACAAAAUUGCAAAAGCCGUCUAUAAAAAUCACUGAAAUUGUUAAUCACUUUUCACAGCUAGAAAAAGAACUUUGAAGUUAGUCGACUGGCUCGUUUCUUCUUUGCCACGCCAGCUGGAUGGCCCAAAUGCUCAAAGGGCGCAUGUACCCGAUGGCACGGUAGUGUUUUUCUUCAUACAACGCCUCAGGCGUCUCGAAACCCAUGCCAAUUCGCUCGUACACUGUUUGGUAAAUGCCACCAGCGGUCUUGAACGACUCCUCCACCAUGCCCUGCAACAGCAUUUUUCUUUUUCAAUAUUUCAAGAAAGAAGUAACAGAAUAAUCCAACCUCGUGCAUCAUGAGAGCAGCAAGGGCGUAGACAGUCCCCACCCAGACCUCUUCACUCUGGAUGGUGAAAAGGUCCUUGACCCCAGAGGGCAACAUCCCAUUCACAGCCCCCAUGGUUCCAUUCUUGAACUUCAUAACGUUGAAGUUGAAAAUAGU